AUCGCUACUGUUAACGGUGCUUUAUACUCCCUAUUUAUAUAAUUAAAGUUUACUGUACUAAACGUUACAUUGAUUUUAUUAUAAAGUGCACUGUUUGUGAUAUUGUUCAGCAAAAUGAGGGUUUACAUUGCAUUCCUUUUCAUGACAGCGUCCGUUUUUGCCGAACCGAGUAAAGUCAUUCAAAAACGGAGUGGUCUAGUCGGCCACUACGCGGCCAGCGCGCCUAUCAUAGGCCACGGGUACUCCGGCCUGGGAUACGCAGGUCAUCUUGCCUCUGGAUACGCAGUCGGCCCGGGUCUUGCCCUUGGACACGGCGCAGCAUUGGUUGGCCCCGGGGCUAUAGUUGGUGCUAAUGUACACACUACUGUAACAAAACAUGUUGGAGUGCCUGUACCAGCCCCAUACCCAGUUGCUGUGGACAGACCUGUCCCAUACCCUGUUAAGGUGGCUGUCCCCGUGCCAGUUGAUCGCCCUUACGCUGUACCAGUACCUCGCCCAUACCCUGUUGCUGUGGAGAAACACGUGGCUGUGCCAGUCGACAGGCCAGUACCAGUACCAGUUCCUCAGGCUGUACCUGUCCCAGUCAUUAAACAAGUCGGUGUGCCGGUGCCCCAGCCAUACCCAGUCGCGGUGCCCAAGCCAGUAGCCGUUCCCGUGGCGCAACCUGUCCCCGUUCCCAUCGUUAAGUCCUUAAUCAGCCCAGCUAUUGCCGCUCCCGUCAUCCACGAAGGCCACGGACUUUCCUUGAACGGACUCGGACAUGGGCUAUCCGGGUAUGGCUUAUCCGGACAUGGCAAAAUCUGGUAAAAACAAAAGUAGAUAUCCCAUUUGUUACAAGUCAAUAUUAAAACCCCAUACAUUGGAUAAUGAAUUUUUAAUGUAUGACAUUAUUUGUGCCAUUAUUAUUUUGUCGGCCUUUACUGAGUCACAUUGUUGACUUCUGUCGAUGAAAAAUUGUCUAGUAACAAAUGAAUGGUAUCUGAACGUAAUGUAAAGGCAUUUUCAUAAAGAUAUACACAGUCAAAGGAACGUAUCUUAUGUGAUCUAGAGUUAAUUAGUUAUAAAAUGGUUAAGACCAAGAAGUUAUAAUUCUUCUCUAUUAUCGUGUAAGUCACGGGUAUGUGCGAUUUGGGAAGUGCAAUCAAUUAUUGAGCCUUUUAUAUUUCACGGGCUGUAUAGACCUUAGUAGUAGGCUUAAAUAUAUAAAACUAUUGUCAAUUUAUUGAUAUAGUUUUAACACAAAAGCUUUAAUGAUUAACAAUGAGAACUUAUAUAAAUAAUAAACGAGCUCUUCAAAGAAAAUUUAUACGUUCUUAAAAAUAUAUACUUUUGUAUGUCAUACAUAAUUUGUAUAUGAAAAAAAGUAUUCUUAUAUUGUCUUUAUUAAUCUGAUUUUUUGUCAAAAUAUUAUCAGUUAUACAGACGUGUAUAUACUAUCUUUCUUUGCCUAAUUUGCAGCUUCUUAAUCUAUUUUUUUAUACUAUAUCUUUUAGGUACAUUUGUUUUAUAGGAUUCCUCUGAUUCGUGUUAUACUUGCCUCAAUGUAAUAAUUUUCUGUUAAUAUUUAUAUAAUGACCAUCACACAAAAUGUCAGUAUGUUCUGAAAAAUAUCCACUUGAUCUCUUUCAAAAUUUUGUGAGGAGAGAGAAAUGUGUCAAGUAUGCGUGUGCUUUUGUAUAUAGAUUUUUCUAUGUUUAGAUAUAGUAAUCAUGAAUACGAGUUUAUUUCGACCGCAGUCGACUAAAAACUAUUUACGAACGACUUUUUAUAAUAAAAUGUAUGAAGAAAUAUAUUGAA